AAAUAAAAGAAUUUGGCUGUCUCAUUUCCUUGUUCGGAAUCGGAGAAGAAGGAAGACUAGAUUCGAUGUGUUGGUGAAGAAGAUCUCGACUUUGUUCAAAAUUCCAAUUUCGUUCGCCUCAAAGAUCAUUCUCUCAUCUUCUCGACUUUGAUGCGAUUGAUUAAAUAUGGUGGAUACGGUUAUUCCCGGAGAUAUGGCUUGUUUGGAUGCAGAUUUGUUGCAGCUUCAGGAAAUGUCUUCCUUUGUUCUCAAUUCUAAACCUGGAUUCACUCAGAAGCUCUUCGACCAGUGGCUUUCUCUUCCCGAAGCUCAGCGACAGGUUGGAUCAUUGCUUAAGGAUGCUGUAGCUGGAGCUCCUAUCAAUGUUACUGGAAGUGCAUCGGGUUCUAAUUCUGCCACUAUACCAUCUAUGUUUCCUGCGGGAAGCGCUCCUCCUCUUUCACCAAGAAGUUGUGGUUCACCCCGUACAACCAAACAGAGAGCCCCUUCUAACUUAGGUUCUACUCUCAAAGUAGUCAACGAGCCUGUUAAAGAGCCUAUACCUCAGUUUUAUUUCCAAAAUGGUCGCCCUCCACCAAGCGAGAUUAAAGAGCAAUGUAUGUUUAGAAUCAAUCACUUCUUUUAUGGUCACAUGGAUGGCUUGCAGAUACAAGAAUUCAAGUUAGUCACCAGAGAAAUCUGCAAGCUCCCAUCUUUCUUCUCCACUUCCCUUUUCCGGAAGAUCGAUCUCAACAAUACAGGUUUUGUUACUAGAGAUGCAUUUAUUGAUUUUUGGGUAAACGGGAACAUGUUGAUAAUGGAUACAACGACCCAAAUCUUCAAGAUCCUAAAGCAGAAAGAUCAGAGUUUCAUUGUUAAGGUAAUUUUCUUUUGAUUUGCAUAUUCAGUCAGUCAUGAAAGCGAGUUUAUACUCCAGAUUCUAUUCUUUUCUUUUCUUUUUUUCAUGGCAGGAUGAUUUCAAACCACUACUUAAAGAACUGUUGGCGACGCAUCCUGGCCUAGAGUUCCUGCAAUCCACACCUGAAUUCCAAGAAAGAUAUGCUGAAACUGUCACCUACAGAAUAUUUUACUACAUAAAUAGAUCUGGCAAUGGUCGAAUUACAUUUAGGGAGCUUAAACGGGGAAACUUAAUUGAUGCUAUGCUACAUGCUGAUGAAGAAGAAGAUAUUAACAAAGUGUUGAGAUACUUCUCAUAUGAGCAUUUCUAUGUCAUAUACUGCAAGUUCUGGGAGCUGGAUACGGAUCACGAUUUCCUGAUUGACAAAGAAAAUCUUAUGAGAUAUGGAAACCAUGCUCUUACCUACCGGAUUGUCGACAGAAUAUUCUCCCAGGUUGCUAGGAAGUUCACUAGCAAAGUUGAAGGGAAGAUGGGGUAUGAAGACUUUGUCUAUUUCAUUCUUGCGGAAGAAGAUAAAUCGUCAGUGCCUAGCCUAGAAUAUUGGUUUAAGUGCAUAGACUUGGAUGCAAAUGGGAUUAUAACGCGAAAUGAGAUGCAAUUCUUUUAUGAAGAGCAGUUGCAUAGAAUGGAGUGCAUGGCGCAAGAGGCUGUUCUUUUCGAGGAUAUCUUAUGUCAGAUGAUUGAUAUGAUCGGACCUGAGAACGAAAGCCAUAUAACGCUGCAUGACCUGAAAGGCUCAAAGCUCUCUGGAAACGUCUUCAACAUCCUUUUUAAUCUAAACAAAUUUAUGGCAUUUGAAACCCGGGAUCCGUUCCUCAUUCGUCAGGAGCGCGAGAACCCGACAUUGACAGACUGGGACCGUUUUGCACAUAGAGAGUAUAUUCGGCUAUCAAUGGAAGAAGAUGUUGAAGAUGCAUCCAAUGGAAGUGCUGAGGUUUGGGAUGACUCGUCACUGGAGGCUCCCUUCUGAGUUCAAAGAGGUAGCAAGUCAACAAAAGAAAAUCAUAAUCUCUAGAAUGGAUUUUAUUUUUUAAAAAAGGAAACAAAAAAACUUAGAAGUUGAAGGUUAUGGAUAUGUUGUUAUUUCAUCAUAUUAGUUAAUCAUGCAAAAGAGAAACAGAAAGUCCCUGAGAAGAAUCUUUGGAGCUUUGUUGAGAAGGCAAGUGAAAAAACAAGGGAGAAGCCAGUAGUAUCAUACUUAGCUUGGAGUUGUUUUCUAACUUCUCUUCAUUUUUAGCUGAUUUUACAACUAUAUUGAUUAAUAAUCGUCGUCGUUUAGCUCAUCGCUUUACGGCUUCUUCAUCUGUAUUGCAUUCACUUUGCUCCAUCUCUGGGUUUUUUGUUUGUACUUUAGAGCUUUGUUACUCUCAUGAUCUUCAGUUGUUCAAAAAUUGUGAAAAUCAAUGCCAUAGUUACUUUAUAUGUUGGUUAGUUCUUGUUUUAUAGGAAUCCUAGGACAUGAAUCUUUUAGAGGUAUUGUUUUUAUGGAUAAGAGAAAGCGCUAAGGAUUUGUAC